CAUAUUCAUACACACGAUCACCUAAUUAUUGCCACUCCAUUUUGUCCUAACUUCCUUCCAUACACAUCUUCCCAUUCCAUAGAUGCCCCAUCUGCAAUUAUAUUCAUCUAAAAACAAUAUAUAUUGUUAUCUAUAUGCAAUUAGUAAGUACUUCAAAUUUGAGAUGAAACGCUCAUCUGCUAUGAACCAAAAUGUGGAGAAGCCCAAGAAGAAAUCAGUAGGCAGACCAUACGGAAGCAAGAAGGAUGGUGCAAAGGUUCGUAGAAAAAUUCAUAAAGCGGAAAGAGAGAAAUCGAAACGUGACCAUAUGAAUGCGCUAUUUCUAGAGCUCGCAAACGCUUUAGAGCCGGCUACUAUGAACACGGGGAAGUCUUGUACAUUGACCGAGACCAUUCGAAUACUUCGAGACCUGAUAGCUCAAGUUGACUCUCUUAAAAAAGAAAAUUCUGCUCUGUUAGCUGAAUCUCAAUAUGUUGAUGUAGAGAAGAAUGAGCUAAAAGAGGAAAAUAGUGCCAUAGCCACUCAUAUUAAAAAGCUUCAGAGUCAGAUAAACGGAAAAGUUCAUUCCCAGUCUUUAUGGAGUUCGGAAUGCAGCCCUGUUGUAGGUCCUGUGUUUGUACUGCCCAUACAAAAUGACCCGAAGCUUUUUGCAGAACCCAAGAUUCCAGAUAAUGUAACAAAGAAGCUCAGACCAAAUGUGAGCAAACCACUUCCUCGAUACCCAUCACCCUCUGAUUCAUGGCCAUUUAACAUUCUUUCUGAAAAACCAAGAACAGAUUAGUAUUAAAGCAGAGUUUCUUUUUCUUUUUUUAGUUUGUAUGGUUUGGUCUAGUGGCAACGGCGAGCAUCGGUUGUAGGCAUUUGCACCAUGUGAUCUUGCAUUUUCUAAGUAAAAUAUGAUGGCAUUCUUGCUGUAAAUUUUUUUCCCCUCA